AUGAAUGGCUUAGGCGGUGCUGGCUCAGCCGAUCCGUACUAUGUCAAUGCUGCCAACUCAGUCAUCUUCUGUCUCCAACUCGUCGUCUGUAUCUUUGGUAAUACCCUCAUCGCCAAAAUCGGACUGCGAUGGGGCUUUGCUUUCGGUAUGAUGGGUUUCCCUCUCUAUGCCGCGAGCGUCUAUUGUACCGUCAAGUACGGCAACACUCGGUUCCUCAUGGCGGCCUGCGCCAUUGACGGCAUCACGUCGGGCAUCUUCUGGUUGACCGAAGGACCUAUUGUUCUGGCCUACCCUGAGAAGAAUCGCAGGUGCAAGUACCUAGCUUACUGGCUUGCGAGUCGCAUUGUCGGUCAGAUGGUUGGUGGUGCUGUGACCCUCGGUGUCAACGCCACACACCGUGAAGCUGGGCACAUUAGCGUCGAAACUUACUUGGUGUUCAUCUCGAUCCAGGUCCUCGGCCCUUUCGUCGCGUCUCUUCUUUCUCCGCCUCACAAGGUGCAGCUCGCCGACCAUACCCCUGAGGUUCUCUGCCGCAAGGAGAUUCUGCUCUUGUUGCCCAUGAUGUUCCAGAGCGUCUUCUCCGAAGCCUUCUUCUCGACCUACAAUACCACCUACUUUACCGUCCGAUCCCGAGCCCUGUCCUCGCUUGUUGCAAGCGGCUGUGUCAUCAUCUGCAACUUCGCCCUUGGCUUUUGGCUCGACUGGCGCAAGCCAACUCUCAACACGCGUACCGUGAGCGCUUUCAUCGUUAUCUCUGCCUUCGAAGCAGCUCUCUACAUCUACGCAAUGAUUAUGACAAAGAGAUACGAGGGUAUAAAGACAAAGCCGGUCUUCGACUGGACGGAUGACGGCUUUGGCCAGGGAGUCUGCGUCUACAUCCUGAUGCUUGUCGGCUUCAACCUCAUGUACGACUACUUUGCCAUUAUCCGCGGUAUCGAGAGUGCAGGACAGGCCAUCUCCUAUGGUAUCAACUCGAUCUCAUCCUUCCCACUUUCUGGAGCUGUUGCUGUCAACAUGUCCUUCUUCGCGGCCUGCAUCAUUCCCGCGGCUUUUGUGAUCUUCAAAGUUGGUAUCAUUGAUGGCGCCAAGGCCCACAACAUUGUUCAGGAUGAAAACCUCAAUAUGCAGAGUCCAGGAACCGAAAUGCCAUCCGAAAUUGGAAUGAACAAGAGAGUUGGAGACGCUGUCCACGCCUAA